CUCCACCAAGAGUCGACUUGUUGCUGGUCUACGGAGCAUAUCAAUUUUACUCGUAGUAGUGCUAUUGCCAUCGCUCAUCAUGCUUCCCAAGGCGAUCCUCGCGAUUGCCGCAUUGGCUUUCAGCCCUGCAAAUGCGCUGUGGCCCAUUCCCCAGAAGAUCUCGACCGGAGACAGCGUGCUCUUCAUUGACCAGGCUGUCAAGGUGACUUACAAUGGACAGCUGAUCCUCCCUAUCGGCUACACCCCACCCCCCAGCUCUCACUUUGACAGCAAGCAGAUCGUCCAGGGCGCUGUCUCGCGUACUCUGCAAUCCAUUUUCCAAACCAACUAUGUGCCGUGGAAGCUCCAUCCGCGCAACAGCAACUUUGAGCCGAGGGUGGCCCCCCAGAACCGAAUCCAGAGCAUUGCAAUCCAGCAGACUGGAAAGGAUACUACCCAGACGUUCAAGCCGCGCGCUGGAGACGUUGAUGAGUCGUACACUUUGACCGUAUCCAAGAAUGGACAGGUCAACAUCAGUGCCAAGUCUUCUACCGGUGUGCUGCACGCCCUCGAGACCUUCUCGCAGCUCUUCUACAAGCACUCUGCUGGACCUUUCUACUACACCACCCAGGCACCCGUGUCCAUCCAAGAUGCGCCCAAAUAUCCCCACCGCGGUAUCAUGCUCGAUCUCGCUCGUAACUAUCAGACCAUCGAUGACAUCAAGAGGACCAUUGACGCCAUGUCGUGGAACAAGCUUAACCGCCUGCACUUGCACAUCACCGACUCUCAGUCAUGGCCGCUGGUGAUCCCCUCGCUGCCUAAGCUGUCCCAGGCCGGUGCCUACCACCCAAGCCUCGUCUACACUCCUUCGGACCUUGCUAGCAUUUUCCAGUAUGGUGUCAGCCGCGGUGUUGAGGUCAUUACGGAAAUUGACAUGCCUGGCCAUAUCGGUGUCAUCGAGCUUGCUUACAGCGAUCUCAUUGUUGCCUACGAACAGAUGCCUUACCAGGACUACUGCGCCGAGCCACCGUGCGGUGCCUUCUCCAUGAACAACACCAAGGUGUACAGCUUCCUGGACACCCUGUUCAACGAUCUUCUGCCUCGCAUCUCGCCCUACAGCUCCUACUUCCACACUGGUGGUGACGAGCUCAACGUCAACGACUCCGAGCUCGACCCCCGUAUCAGGAGCAACGAUACCGCUGUGCUACAGCCCCUGCUGCAAAAGUUCAUCAACUUUGCUCACUCCAAAGUCCGUGCCGCGGGCCUGUCGCCAUUUGUCUGGGAGGAGAUGGUCACCACCUGGAACCUGACGCUUGGCAGCGACACCGUUGUCCAGUCGUGGUUGGGUGGCGAUGCCGUCAAGAACCUGGCUGAGAGCGGCCACAAGGUCAUUGACACCGACUACAACUUCUACUACUUGGACUGCGGCCGUGGUCAAUGGGUCAACUUCCCUCCCGGAAACUCUUACACCACCUACUACCCAUUCAACGACUGGUGCCAACCCACCAAGAACUGGAGGCUCAUCUACUCUCACGACCCUGCAACGGGCGUGUCCGCAUCCGCUGCCAAGAACAUCCUGGGAGGAGAGGUUGCCGUGUGGAGCGAGAUGAUUGACGCCGCCAACCUGGACAACAUCAUCUGGCCCCGUGCCAGUGCCGCCGGUGAGGUUUGGUGGUCCGGCAAUGCCGAUCCUGCCACCGGCCAGCAACGCAGCCAGCUGGACGUUGUGCCGCGUUUGAACGAGUUCCGAGAGCGUCUGCUUGCCCGUGGUGUCAGCGCCAUGCCCAUCCAGAUGACUUACUGCACUCAGCUCAACGCGACCGCUUGCACGCUGUUCACCUAAGGGGAGAGUCUGAAAUAACUUUUUUUAUUGGGCUGGGUUUUUUAUUUUUCACGUAUUAUCGUUAAGUGUACAGUGGAUAAAACAGGUAUGGAUUAAGAGAAGCCGGGAAGGGUAUCCGGCUUAGAGGGGUACUUAUUAACUGUAUAUAAUUUGAAUUCAACUACAUAAAUGUUAUGGCAAAC